CCAGCAUGAACAGCUGCAAGUCAAGGCAAAGCCAUCGGGACAGUAGCAACGCAACAAUGUAACAUGACAGUGACAACAACCAUAAUAAUAACAACAACUGGAAUGGCCGGGAGUGGGACAAAUUCUCGUACUUCAAAGAUUAGUGAGAACUCACCAGGCUGGCCAGGACAUUGUUUGGAUUGUAUAAACAAAUGGCUGCCCAUGAAUGACACACUCGCAUACUUCCAUAUAUAGUACAAUGUAUAUUAAUUUCGAAGAGCAACAAUUCUAUGUAUUUGUGAGUGCGGGUAGGAUAACUGGUUUUCCAGUGCCGAAGAAAAUCCCGGGCCGAAGAAUAAUUGUGACAAAGUCAAUUGAGCCACAGGACACGAAUACUCGUAUGCAUGUGAAUCAUGUGAACCACUGGAAUUCAUAAAGUAUUCAUUAAUUGGAAACUCGCGCCAGCCACGCUGACGUUGCCGCUGACCAACUGAGGCCGCAGAGUACGCGACCACGACGAAAUCCGAGUCAUUUGGCAUAUUUGAAAGUCAGUUUCGUUUUGGACGUUCGGGCAGCAGAACAUGCAUGUUGCGUUGAAGAACCUGAAUCUGAAAAGCCCCAAUCGCAGUCAGAAAUCAGAAGUACACCACGCGCUGGAGACUAUGGUAACGGACAGUUCCGAUAUAACCGGCGCUAUGUAGUAAAUUAUUUCGCUGUGCGUGUUGGUUACGAUAAAUAUUUAUGUGUAUCCCAGAGAUACCGUACAAUAACAAACAAAAAGCUACAAAUACAAAAAAACGAAACUUGAAUUAAAUUGAAAAAAAAAGAAUUAAGAGAAAAGAAACAUAACAUAUUGCUAUGUAUGUACUUGUAGGUUAAAUGAAUGCAAUGUGAGAAAAUAAUUCAAAUCGUAUGAAUAUAUAUUCACACUGGCAUCUAGUGGAAAGUUCCAUUUGAUUUUUUGUUACCAGCUUUAACUUAAACACACAUUAAACGUUCGUUAAUUCUGCGGAAAAUAGUGAAAAUACAGCUAAAAAACAUUGCAAAAAUUCAGCUAUACUGGCCACCGAAUGGAUAAUGGGUAUUUGUUUAGACACAGAUGCCAGCGCGGCACAAGAUACCGGCGAACCAGGCAACGAUUGGAAUCAUACACGAAAUCAAGAUGGCCAAAAUGCCGCAGCUGGCAACGCAAUGGCAAUGAAAGCCAAUGGCCGUCUUGGUUCGGCCAAUAUCGGCGCUAUCGAUAUGCAAAAUGCUGGAAAAAUCAAAUUCGAUCCGCCAAAAGUGCCAGUGAUAUUUGUUUUAGGAGGCCCAGGUAGUGGAAAGGUCACCCAUUGCGAUACCUUUAUGCAGGAGCGACGCGGCGUUACGCACAUCAAUAUGAUGGAUUUGCUGCAGCAAUAUGCAAUGGGAAAUGAUAUGCAAGACUUUUCGCAACUAUCGUCGAAAACAGUCACCGAAGUGUUGAUGUUGGAAAUGAAAAUGGCUCCAGCUGCCAAAGCCUACCUGAUAUCAGGAUAUCCACGUUCCAUGCGCGACGUUGUUGAAUAUUCAGAGAAGAUACAAGUCGUUAAUGGGGUUAUCCUAAUAUCUUGGCGUCAAUCUGUGCUACAGAAACAAAUUGAUUAUGGCGCUAAAUUAGGUCAUGUUGUACUCUCCUUAGCCAAAAUGGAAUUGGAAAAUUUCUUCAAAAAUGUGAUGCCAGUUGCCGACUAUUUUGAUCAGAGUGAUAUGCUGUUGGCCGUAAAUGGCGAGCGGGCACCGACAGAGGUAUAUAAAGACUUUCGCACCGCAGUGCUAGACAUAUUGAGCGCGCUAGAGAAUCAAGAGGCCAUGCUGAACGGAGUUACAGGUAUGGGCAGAGGGAUACAUGAUAUACCCGGCAGUAUUGUUAGCGUAGACACCGCACCUAGUCAACCCCCAGUCACUGUAGAUCGCAGGUCAAUUGCCGAUCAGAAUCAGAAUGCUCCUGCAGAUGCUGCAGAUGAUCGCAAUGUCACGAACGCUGUGAUAUCUCACAUAGCCGCCAAUGCGGCCACAGCAGCGGCAACACUUCGAACAGGCGGCACAACUGCGGACGAUGACAGUGGCGUGGUUGUCACCCAACAGCCCAAGCUCAGCCAUGCCGGCACCAGCAUGGAUGCCAGCGAUGAACCCGAGCCAGCAAUUCCGCCCAUCAUUUGGGUGAUCGGUGGCCCGGGCAGCAAUAAGGCGACGCUCUGCCUGAAGGCAGUUGGCCUCAAUCCAGGCUGGUCGCACAUCAGCGUGGGACGACUUCUUCGGAAUAUUACGGAUACUGCGCCACGUGCCAAUACCGAGAGCUAUGCGGUCAAGGAAGCUCUGGCUGCAGGCGAGAUGGCUCCAGAGAAGACACUGAAUCAGCUGCUGGACAAUAACAUUCGGCAGUUGCGUGGCAAAACUGGCAUCAUCAUCGACGGCUAUCCGCGAAACCUGCAACAAGUCAAAUACUUUGAGAACAAGUACAAACAAAUUCCGCCCACAAUCCUGCUGGACUGUUCAAAGCUGCAACUGGGACGCGGACGAAUUGACGACACUGUUUCCUCUUUUCGACGACGCCUGGAGCUGUUUCGUGAACAGACGCUGCCCAUGCUUAAAACUAUGGAUACAAGCAAUCGACUGCAGAUUGUGGAUGGGGAUACGGAUAGCCCCUCCGUACAGCGGGAGUUUGAACGACUCAUACGCAAUCACAUACAACAGUUGACCAAUAAGGUGCCUGAAGGUGAAGACGUCAUUGAGUCGCUGGGCAAUCAUGUGAUGCGCAACGAGCAGACCGAUGCAAUACUGCACGAUCUGGAGACGAACGUGCCGGGAUCUGUGCCCACGAUCAGCCACCAUGUGAGCAUGAUGAAUGGUCACCUAAAGAACCGGGGCAGUGCAUUAGCUGGUGCUAAACGACCCACCCAGAUGAUGAACGGCCAUGCACCGGGACGACCUGGUACUGGACCUGUAGCACCUCUUGCCCAACCUGUUGAUUUUCGGCACAUGCUCGAAGAGGCCGAACGAUAUCCGGUGGACUCGUAUAUGUAGCGAAAGAUGAGGAUAGUAUAAAUGAUUAUCAUGAUUAAGGAUUACACGCAGAGCGUAUUACGAAAGUUUUAUAGUUUUAUAAACAAAAAUUCGAAUAGGCUAAGUCAUAUAUUGUUAGCGUUGAAUUGUUGGAAUGAGUAUUUAGCAGAUGAAUUUUGAUAUAGUUUUUAAAUGUCUAAUGCGUUCUAUGCCAAGAUUUCAUUUUCAUUGUAUCGAACUAUUAGAUAAGCCGAGUAGAAUGUACACAAUAACACAAACUUUUAAAACCAAAUGAAUUUUAAAGGUCUCUUCACCAAAAAAAAAAAUUCAAUUAAAUUGAAGAUGCAAAAAUAAAAGGAAUACAAAUAAAGUAACC